UCCUCAAGAUGCCAGAGAGAUCCCGCAAGAAGUUCUUGUAUUACUGAGUGGAACAAGCCCUUCCACUGUGGCGGUGGUAAAUUCCAUUGGAUUUGAAUGCGAUGUGGAGAUCCCGGAAAUUCCUCAACCUUACGGUUCACCCGGUAGACGAGGGAUGUCAGCAGGGUACUGGAAUCGCUCCUUAAUUGCUUGUGGUGGUCUGGACAAUAGUGGACCUCCCAUAUCCUCAUUCAAAGAUUGUCAAAUGUUAGAUUUGGAUACAAGGAUGUGGCAAGAGGGACCAGACAUGCCUGAGCUUCUGGCUUACUCUGGCUAUACAAUGGUUGGUAGCGUGUUUUAUGUCAUUGGUGGCUAUCACACUAAAUACGAUGGAGGUGGACCAACCCAAUAUGUCUAUUCAGAUCAAAUCUACUUCUUGGAUCUGGCUGACAUCGAAAUAGGCUGGGUCACGUUGGACAUGAAAUUGCCCAGCGCAUCAAGCGAUUUGUGCGCAGUCGCUUCCCCCAAGGGGAACAUUUUCGUGAUUGGAUCGCUCUCGGGAUAUUUCAAUCCAAACCAAGCCGAUUCUUGGACAUCCAUCCCUAAUCAAGAGGGGGUUGGAUUAGGUUGUGACCUUUAUCUCACUGAAUUCAACUCAAGCAUCGUAGUGGCAGUGGGUGGAUCUUCGUUGAAGAACAAAGUGGAAACUUUAAACAUCGGAAGUGAAGAUCUUCCAGAUAUGGCUUGGAACACGGAUCUCCCUCCAUUUUCUGAGGAACGAACUCGACGCCCUAGUAUUGGAGUGCUCAACCUUGAUCUGAUUAUUGCUGGCGGAAGCCAAACCAGUUCCAAAAUUGAGAAAUUUACCGAGUUUGGGUGGAGCCAAGACGCUUCAGGAGCCCUCAAGGAAACAAGAGCAGAUCAAGCUUCCAUCCGAGUCCCAUCGUCUAUGUUCCCGGAAUGUCAAUCUUGAGUUUUAACCGUAGCUCCAAUUCGCCCAACAUCAAUACAUUACAAAGAUAUACAUGACAAAACACAUUUUUGCUCAAACACGAAAUUUCAGAAUA